AGUCCGAGAGCGGCGUCGAGCUCGCACGCACGCAUUUCUGUAUAGCGGAACUCGAGAGAGCGAGAGCAAGAGAGAGAGAGAGAGAGAGAGAGAGAGAGAGAGAGAGCGCGCGCGCGCACCGAGCUGCAAGUAGUAACGAGUCAUGUUUGGUCGGACCGAGGGGCUCAGCUCGUAGUAGUGGCAGCCGAUUGACAGCAAAGAUCGGGAGAGGGAAGUGUGCGAGUAGCGGUGGUGAAUGAGUCACGGGUGUCUGCGCGGCGACGACGGCUCCUCCUGGACGGCGGCGAGAGUUGGGGUACCGGUGGAGCCAUCGGCCGCUCAGUUGGCUUCGGCUCUCUCGAGGAGGACCAUCAUCAACAUUAUCGGGACGACAGCGAAAGCGCUGAGGACCAAGCUCAGCUGAUACACGACUUCCGCAGCAGCAGCAGCAGCAGCAACAGCCUGAGGAUAACUCGCCAUGGCCAUUGCCGAGGAGGCACGACGAGGUUUAAAGAUGAUACCCAUGAGGUACAUCAUCGCGAUCAUGAACUCGAUCGGCCUGGCCAUCAUCUACGGGUUCAAGUCGUACCUCAACAUAGCCAUCGUCGCGAUGGUCAACGGCACUGCCGUCGCGGAGCUGGAGAAGCAGAACACCACCGAGGUGAAACCACAGUCGGCGCCGGACGGGCCGUUCGUGUGGGACUCGGAGCUGCAAGGCUACAUCCUUAGCUCGUACUUCUGGGGCUACAUCGUGUCGCUGAUACCAGGAGGCAUGGCAGCCGAGUACGCCUCGGCCAAGUGGGUGAUGAUAGUGUCGGUGAUGCUGAACGUCGUGGCGUCGCUUCUCAUGCCAAUUUCUGCCGAGAUCCAUUACGGGGCCUUCAUGGCCAUGAGGGUCAUCCAGGGCCUUGGUGGGGGCGUCAGUUUUCCAGCGGUGCACGUGAUGAUCUCGAGAUGGGCUCCGCCGAACGAACGCAGCGUCCUCGCAUCCGUCGCCUACGCUGGAACGGCCCUGGGUACCGUCAUCGCGAUACUGCUCUCGGGUAUGAUAGCGGCGACCCUUGGUUGGAAAUGGGUCUUCUACAUCGAGGCUCUGCUCUGCCUGAUCUGGUGCGCCGCUUGGAUCAUGAUAGUCCAGGACUCGCCUGAGCAGCAGAAAAUCAUCAUCAGUAACGACGAGCGGGAAUUCAUCAUGAACUCGCUCGGUCAGACCAAGGAGUCGCACAAGAUUAAACUGUCGACAGUGCCGUGGUUUCAGAUUCUAAAGUCGCCGCCGUUUUUGUCUAUCGUAGUUGCCCAUUUCUGCAGCAACUUCGGCUGGUACAUGAUGCUCAUUGAGCUACCAACGUUUAUGAAGGAAAUCCUCAAGUACGAGCUCAAAGAUAAUGCGUGGCUCUCAGCCUUGCCGUACUUCUGCAUGUGGAUAUUCACGCUCGGUCUCAGCAAACUGCUUGCGAGAAUGCAAGAGAAGAAUUGGAUCUCGGUAACGGUGUCGAGAAAAAUCGGUACACUAUUCUCAUCUGCCGUUCCUAUGUUCUGCCUGCUCGGAGCCUCGUACGCGACCGACAAGAACGUGACGGUUCUGCUCAUGACGAUAGGCGUCACGUGUAUCGGCGGAAUGUACUGCGGAUUUCUAGCCAACCACAUAGACUUAGCCCCGAAUUUCGCUGGUACGCUCGUCGCCCUGACGAAUACCGUCGCAACCAUACCAGGACUAGUUGUGCCUAUCUUCGUGGGGAAAUUGACUAAAGACAACCAAACCAUUGAGGCUUGGAGGGUGAUAUUCUUCGUAACAGUAGGUCUAUACAUUAUCGAGAUGUUGAUUUAUACAAUGUUUGGCGUCGGAGAGGAGCAACCCUGGAACAAGGUCAAGUCGUCAAACCACGACACGGAGAGGCCAGAGCAAACAGUUCCUUUAAAAGAAGCAAGACAUUAAUAGAUGAGAUAUAACUUCAAAAAAUGAGUAAUUGUUAUGGCAAACGUCUUUCUUCUGAGUAAACAAAAAUCUGUAAAUGUCCCAGUAAGAAAAGAUUUUCAUGAAUUUCGUAUUAUAAAUAAUGGCAUUUUUACAAUUAGUAUUUUAUAACGAGAAAAAUAGUUAGAAUAUGUAUAGUUCUAUCGCUCUUUGUUUCCAUUUUGUACCGACUAUGUUUUCGUCGCAUAUAUAGUUCAACAAACAGUACAAAUCAAUUGUAUUUACAUUUUAUAUUCAAUAUAUAGUAAAUACACGCGCGUGUUGUAUAUGGGGCAUUUACGUUAGAUAAUUAUUUUGUGAAAAUAUAUAAAAGUUUAAGGAUUUGUAAUUAUUUAUAUAUAGUUAUAAGAGAUCUAUACAGUUAGUCUAUGAUGUAUAAUUUAGCUGAACAAUUUCAAUAUUUUUUCACUCUUCUAAAAUAAAUUCUAUGACAUAAUGUAUUCUAACUAAAAGAAAACGACAAAGAUGAAUAUGUAUUAUACAAAGAUUUACCGAGAAAUAUAAAAAUUCAUUACUUGACUUUACUCACUUGUCUCACUGGACCCUGACCAUUUUACAAAAGUACAUUGGGCCCCAAUUUCUGCUUUUAGAAGGAACAACAAUGUGGCCGUAUUUUAGUCCAUUAUCUCCAAAGUUGUACAAAAAUUGCAGAGGUUUCAAUGCACGCGUUUGAUCUCUGUAAAUAUAAUAGUCGAUUUGAAUUUUUAUUCUUUGCGUUUUCAAAUUACGUAAAAUUCGACAUACUUUACGACAUAGAGGACGUUAGAUUCUUCGAAAGCUUUUUUAAGAGCCAUUUGAACAACACCGUCAUUUUGAAUGGGACUCAAAGAGCACGUCGAGUACACAACUGUACCGCCAAGGAUUGCGAUUUUUAGUGCAUUCCUAAAUAAAAUGCAAUAAAGAUUCAGUUUUAUCACAACUUAAAAGCGAACUCGUAUACUUUUACGAGAGUGUAAUUUCUUACUUUAAAAUGUCGCACUGUAUUUCGGGCAACCUCAAUCUUUCUUUUACUCUAGUUGAUUUGAAAAUGUUAUUGUCGUCUUCGUGAAGAACGUGUCUGUCUGUUGUACAGGGUACGUCGACUAAGAUCUUAUAACGAAAACACAGAUAAUUGUAUUAGUUUCGAAUAUUUCAAAAAAUACUUCAGAGCUUUUUUAAUAAAAAAAAAAAGAUAUUUUA